AUGAAGGACAUGGUUCGCAGACCUGGCUCUCACUGUGACAUGUCUCUGCCCCCAACACUGGGGUGGCUUCUCUUAGGCAUGGUGGGUAGUGGAGCAGUGGUGAUGGAGACACUUCUGCCCUAUCCUGGAGGUCCCGUGGUGAAUGUGGCAUUGGUGUUUGGUGGCUCAUUUCUAAAUGUGGAUGUGGAUGGUCCUCUGACCCAAGUGGGCUCCUUACGCCUUCCUCUGGAUAUUCACACAAUAACCAUCCUGGUGAAUGACAGCAGCCCUGGGCCACUUCUGCACCAGCUGUGCCAAGCACUAAAUGGUGUACAUGCUGUGGUUUUCCAAGAUAACAUUGGCACAGAGGCUGUAGCGCAGAUCCUAGACUUCAUAUCCUCACAGACUCUUGUUCCUAUCAUCAGCAUUAGUGGAGGUUCUUCUGUCGUCUUAAGUCCAAAGGAGCCCAGUUCCUCAUUCCUUCAGCUGGGUGCCUCAGUGGAACAACAACUGACUGUCAUAUUUAAGGUAAUGGAGGAAUAUGACUUGGGUCCAUUCUCUGUUAUCACUAGCCACUACCCUGGACAUAGAAUUUUCUUGAGAACUAUACGUGCCCUUUGUGAGGCUCUUCAACCAGGUUUUGGUCCCCAAGAUGAGCUGAUAUUGGAGCCAGGCAUAGGCCCCCGAGGAACUCAACGAGUGCUCAGACAGGUGUCUGCUCCAGUGCUUCUGCUCUUCUGCUCCAGAGAGGAGGCUGAGGAGCUAUUCCUGGUAGCAGGAGAAGCUGGACUCUUGGGGCCUGAUCACAUCUGGAUUGUUCCUAGCUUUACCAUUGGGUCUCUGGAAAGGCCACCUUCAUCCUUUCCCACUGGACUGGUCAGUGUUGUGACUGAUGGAUGGAGAAGGAGCUUGCGGCAAAAGUUGCAAGAUGGGGUUGCAGUGAUAGCUGAUGGAGCCAAGAAGUACUUAUUAAAACAUGGGGGUUUGCCCCAUCCUGGUGGAUCUUGUCUGACACCUCCACAACUACAUGGAAAUGACACCCUGUACAGGCAUAUGCUGAAUACUGUAUGGCAGGAGAGGGACCUUUCAUUCAAUGCCCAGGGAUUCUUGCUUGAUCCAUCUAUGUUGGUAAUCACCCUGACCCCUCAACGAGUGUGGGAGGAGGUGGGCCGAUGGGAUCAUGGCAUAAUUCAGAUGAAGUACCCAGUAUGGCCACGCUAUGGAGCUGGUCAGCAGCUCGUUGGAGACUCUUGUCACCUUACUGUAGCCACCCUGGAGGAAAGACCUUUUGUCAUUGUAGAGAAGACAGAUCCGGUGACUGGAAACUGUGUCAGAAAUACUGUGCCAUGUCGGAAGCAGAGCAACCUGACACUGAGUAGCUCUGGGGAACCUUACUCCAAGCUUUGCUGUAAAGGAUUCUGCAUUGAUAUACUGAAGAAGUUGGCCAAGACCGUAAAGUUCUCUUAUGAUCUGUACCUGGUGACCAAUGGCAAACAUGGAAAGCGUGUGCGAGGUGUGUGGAAUGGGAUGAUUGGAGAGGUUUAUUACCAGCGAGCUCACCUUGCUAUUGGCUCUCUCACUAUUAAUGAGGAACGCUCGGAGAUAGUAGAUUUUUCUGUUCCGUUUGUGGAAACUGGAAUAAGUGUUUUGGUAUCUCGUAGCAAUGGAACGGUUUCCCCCUCUGCCUUCUUGGAGCCAUACAGUCCAGCAGUUUGGAUGAUGAUGUUUGUCAUGUGUCUCUCCGUCGUUGCUGUUACUGUCUUCAUUUUCGAGUAUUUUAGCCCCAUGGGAUACGAUCGUGACCUGAACAAUGGGAAACGUUUGGGGGGACCCAGUUUCACUGUGGGGAAAUCCUUGUGGCUUCUCUGGGCGCUGGUGUUUAACAACUCAGUUCCAAUUCAGAACCCACGUGGCACCACCAGUAAGAUCAUGGUGCUGGUCUGGGCUUUCUUUGCAGUCAUCUUCUUAGCCAGCUACACAGCAAACCUGGCAGCGUUCAUGAUUCAAGAACAGUAUAUUGAUACAGUAUCUGGGCUCAGUGAUAGGAAGUUUCAGAAGCCACAGGAGCAUUACCCUCCCUUCCGAUUUGGAACUGUCCCAAAUGGCAGCACCGAGAGAAACAUCCGCAGCAACUAUCCAGAUAUGCACUCGUACAUGGUGCGAUACAACCAACGCUCUGUGGAGGAUGCACUUGCUAGCCUAAAGACAGGGAAGUUGGACGCCUUUAUCUAUGAUGCAGCUGUAUUGAAUUACAUGGCGGGGAAGGACGAGGGCUGCAAGCUGGUGACCAUUGGGAGUGGGAAGGUGUUUGCCACCACAGGGUAUGGCAUUGCUUUGCAGAAGAACUCUCGCUGGAAACGACCUAUCGACCUGGCUCUGUUGCAGUUUCUUGGAGAUGGGGACACUCAAAGGCUGGAGACGGUCUGGCUCUCUGGGAUCUGUCAGAAUGAGAAGAAUGAGGCCGUAAGCAGCAAGCUUGACAUCGAUAACAUGGCCGGAGUCUUCUAUAUGCUUCUAGUAGCAAUGGGGUUGAGUCUACUGGUCUUCUCCUGGGAGCACCUGGUGUAUUGGAGGAUGCGACACUGUAAGCCCAGCACUUGUGGAGAGCAGAGUCUUCUGGGAGUCAGCCGGGGGAUAUACAGUUGUUUUCGAGGUGUGCAGAGUCCAUCUCAUGGACCCAAAUGCCCUGAUCCUGAUGUCACAGGAACUCCAGUACCAGUAAAUGUUAUACGGGUCCUGCAAACAGCAAGAGAUCUUGUGUCUUCCUCGGGAGUAGGGGGAUCUCUAGAGAAUGCAUCUCAUGCCCUUCGCACUUGGAGGCAGAGGAGUGAGAGUCUGCAGGCUGCUUUCUCUUUGCAUGAACCCCAACAACUGCAGACCAUUGCAUCCCCUCAACAUGUAACUUUUGCCAAACCUGCAGCUGCUACAGGUCAUGCACCUCCUGCAACUGUUUCUUCACCCUCACAUCAUCUCAAUAUACUUCCCCAAGCUCCAUAUCCUACUCUUCCAGCUGCAGACCUUCAGCCUGCAUCAAAAGUCAUACACUCCCCCCGCAUGCAGGUGGCAGUUUCCACACAAAAUGGAAAUGCAGUAGAGUCUGUGCCAAGCACCAGCCUUGCAUCCUGCCCUUCAACCCACUAUAGAGGAAACACAUGGGCAUCACAACAGAAACAUCUUACCCGCUCUUGCUCAGGUACUAUUCCACCAUGUAGAUCUCGAUCCUGGUUGCCUGCAACAAGAAAACCACUUAAGAGGCCCCCACUGCCUUAUGACUGCCUCCAUAAUGAUACUUGGGGGCCGCGCCCAACAUGUGGAGGCCCUUCCCACCCAACAUUUACACUUUCCCCACAGACUUGCCCCUUUUGCCUUCGCCAUGGCUCCCCCACUGAGCACAGGUGCACCCAGUGGCAUCGCCCUGCAAUCUAUCUGCCCCAUCGUACUGAGACUGUACCAAAAGAGGCUGUUUCCACACUCACAGUGCCACCGUCCAUGGCUCACAGGGACUCUACCCCCCUCUUAAAUGUUGCAUCUCUUGGUAGAACUGCGUGCUACACACAAAUGGGAAACAGUAACAACACUUACAGCACACAUUUAGGGACAUUUAAAGGUGAGAGAUCACAUGACCUUCAUUCUAUCGAGACCUGGAAGAGAAUCAGCUGGGAAUCAGAGGUGUGAUAUCACACUAGCUAUGAUGACUAGAUGUGGCAAUAAGGACUAUCCCUGUAAAAACUGCAAGUGCUCAGGUAUAUAAACAAGUUUAUAACAAGACUGGAGAGACCAUGGUCUUCCGGGGAAUAUGGGGCUCAAAGUAAAAAGAAAAGAAAAAAACA